CGUGACUAGCAACCUUCCAUCGUUUACAAUAUGGAGGACGACAUCAGCCAACUUUAAUAAUUUUUUACAUGUUAGAAUUAAUAAACCAUGGAUAGAGGAAGAAACAAUUUUUUUGAGGCCCUACAUGAGGUGGAAGAGGAGCCUGAAGAUUCAGACGAUGAAAGAAAGAGACAGGGGUCAUCUGAUGAAUCUGAUAGUUCAGAUGAUGAAGAACCUGAUCCAGCAGCGAAGAGACGUGAACCAAACAAAUUUGACAAUCUUUGUGAUGGAGUUCUCAAUGCUAUGGCUUUAGUUCACACAGCAAUGACAGAGUUACUUGAAAUGAAAGAUGAAAUGAUCAAACAUGCAUUACCUCCAACAGUUCUUGUAAAGCUGGCCACAAUAACUGGUAAAGUAUUUAGAAGUGUAAGUGAUGCUAACAUGCCAGUUAAUGAACUUGUUAGACUGGUUAGAGUGUACUCUACACCAUGGGAAGAAAAAAGUGCUGCAUUGAAGAAAUUACAUGAGGACUAUGAGAGUAAUCAGAGACAAUUAAACAUAGCAAUAAAGAGAUUAAAGUUGGUUGAAACACAGUCGAAGCAAAUUGCAAGAGAGAAGAAAAUAAUGAACUGGGAGAAACUUUUCUCUAAAAUAAUGAGUAAUAAAGGCCAUGGAAGACGAUGGAAAUUUCUGAUUGAAUCUAUAAAACAGAAAGCUAAAUUAGGAUUAGAGCAUGUUCAAGAGUACACUAGAGCAUUAGAGGAAAGUUCUGAUGAAGAAGAAGAGGAAGAAGACGAUGAAAUGCCAUUAUCUCUCAAGCCUCAAGAUGAAGCAGAUGAUAGUGAUAAAUUAUCGGAUUUAGAGGAAGAGGGUGAGGACAUUAGUAGUGACAAAGGAAGUGUUGAUAGUGAUCAGAAACUAGGACUAGAGGAUUACGAGAGUGAUACAGAAGGGAGGGAGCAAUCUCCUAAGAAAGUAAGAUUUGCUGAAGAACAGGAAGAAAAGCCACCUGAGCCACCUAAACCAGAAAUGAAAGAAGUGGCAGUGUGGACACACGAACCAGAAUAUGAUCAUUACUUAUAUGUCAGGGUACACACACCAAAAUCUAUCAAACAGGCAGAGCUCAAGUGUAUGAUCACAUUCCAAAAUAAAAUACUAAAAACUGGUAGGCUGGAUGUUGUUGAAGAGGAAAAGCCAGAAACCCCAAAAGAAGAGGAAGUGAAACCUAAGAAAGGUUUGAUUGGGUCUAGAGCUAAACCUGCUGAAGACAAAAAGGCAGUAUUGGAGAAGAAAAUGCAGGAGAUGAGAGGAGAUCUGCCAUCGAUUCAUGAAGAUGUAGUAUUUGAUCUACCUGGUGACCGUCUGCCAACUCCCAAUAAAGAGGAACCAGAUCAAAAUGUCAAGGUCUCUAUUCACUCAGGUCAAAUGGAGGACAUGAUUGCCAUGGCAACCAUUAAUCUGGAGGACAUACAAGUUCUGGAACUCCCAACCAUUCUUCUGCCAGAACCCCACGGAGAUGAUGAUGCCCCCCAUACACCACGUGACAGUGAAGUUGAAUCAAUAUCAGAAGAUAUUGAUCUUAUGUUAGGUGACAAAUCUGCAGAUGGAGUUAAAGACGAAAAGAAAGAAGCUGAUCCAGCAGCUAAAUUUGCAUCCUUUGAUUUCCCUGUUUACCCGCUGAAUCAAACGAGAGGAAAACAUGAACCGUGUGGUUUCAUACCAAUUACGUUUUAUUAUGCCAAAAAAUUCAAACCAAGAACUUUUGUUCGACAAGCAGGUACAAUGCCCUUCAAUGACCUUGUUUUUGAAGUUGCUGGUAUUGACUUGACAACAUGGAAGAGAGAUGAUAUGUUUAGAGAGUUUACUGAUGAGGCAUUGUCUGCCAUUUCUUUUUCACCAGAGAUAAGAACACCAGAACCUCCCAAACCUAAAACUCCUGAGCCCCCUAAACCAAAAACACCAGAACCUCCAAAGCCUCAAACACCCGAAAUUCAAAAGCCUCCUUCACCAGUCAAAUCACCUGUGAGAUCUCCUUCGAAAGAGGAAAUGGUGAAGAAAUCCGAUGUUGAAAAUCUGGUACAUAAACAUCAUGCUGAAUUAGAACUUGUGCAACAAGAAUAUGAAAAGAGAUUGCAGUCAUUGAUGGAAAACUUGCAUGAAAUGCAACAAACUCAGGAACAACAGAAACAACAGUUAGAACAACAACAAAAACAACAGAAGCAACGCCCACCUCUGUUACAUCAGCGACCAGUAUCAUCAGAGAGUAGAAAAUCUGCAGGAAGUACUGGAAGGAAAUCAGCCAAUCAGAACCAAAAUGCUGUUCCUCCUCCUAAAUCACCUGCUAGAUUGUCUCCAAGAGUUCCCUCCCCUGAGAAGAAACAGGAGAGUCCUGUACUUCCUCGUGAACAGCCAGCACCAGUUCAGAAACUUGUUGAAAUAUCAGAUUCUGUUGAUCGUAUUCCACAACAAUCUCAACCUCAUCCACCACCUCCUCAUAGACCUCGUAAAACACUGAAACCAAUAGCUCCCAGACAGACGGUAACCUCAGCUCCAGCUUCACAACAAACAGAGAAACAUAUUGCUACAGGAGUCCCUGAAGAUUUCUUUGAGCGCCUCCAGUUCUUUGAAGAUGAAAGCAAUAAACAUAAGAAGGAGAUGAUGGAAAAAACAACUAAGGCCAUCAGAGAUGAUUUAGAAAAGAAACUGGCUGGUCAGCAUAAACUUAGUAAACAUGAGGAAGAAAUUUAUGAUGCUUUAAAAGAUGUCAGUUUACCAGCGUUAUUUAUGCCAUUUAAAACAGGAACAAUAUUUAAUCCAAGAGCUCAUCAGUAUUUCCACGCUACAGGGUCAACUGAUUUGAGGUUAUCACAACCACCUUCUAUGUUCCAGCUACCACCACUACCUACCAAAAGUAGAAUGUCUGUGGUUAACUUAUUUGAACUGAGUAGAAACUUUUCAAGUCGAGGCCAAGCUUGGUUAAUGGAGAAAUAUAUUCAACAGCAGGAACCAGUUGCAAAUGUGCAUGGAGUUGUCCCCCAUACACCUGUACCAACAAUUACUAAUGCCUCCCGUGGUCAAUCAGCACCGCAACAGGAUAAAGUGUCGUCAGGAAUGAACUCAAACCAAAGUCAAAUUCACAGUUUACGUGAUCCACAUGAAUUAGAUGCAGAAAUGGAAAUGGAAAUGGAAUGAGUCAUGUGACAUUUAUAUUGGAUCAUGUGACUUUAAUAACAAUACAUCAUGUGAUUAUGAUAUUUGUUAGAGGAUAUUUCGAACUGUUUUAAAUUUCUGAAGAGAUAUCAAGUUUUUGAUUCAAACCAGGGUUACAGUGAAUGGUUAAAGAUCAUUUCCUGUUGAAAUUCAUUCUUUUUUUUCUAGUAUUGUUGUAAUUCUAUGCAAUAUGAAAGAUAUUGUGGUACAUAACUGUAUUCCAAUACAGUAUAGUAUAUUAGUUUCUUAUAAGCUUUUUAUGACCCAAUGUAAGUGACAGGGGCGUAAAGUGUUACCCUUGACCGUCCGUCUGUCCCAUUUUCGUUUGUUUGAAGCUUGAGCGAGGGCAUUUGUGUCCUUAUACACAUUCUUGUUUUAUUUCUUAAACAGUUUGAAAAGAAAAAUAAUGGAAAGAAUAAGUCUGUUUGCACAUGCUAGGAUAACCUAAACAUUCCUAAAAAAAAAGAUGCAUUCCAAAAUACAUGUACUGAUACAGUUAAGUUGUUAGCUAUGAUAAAUGUCAUUAAAAAAUAUGUAGGUUUAAGCAUUAUCAGCAAAAGCUUGAAAUUUCUGAAUUGAAUGUAUAUUUUAACUUUGGAUAUAUAAGUAAUCUUGCAGUACUAUUAUUACCUGUGGGGUAUCAAUUUUUGUGGAUUUCGUGAGUAGGGGCCUAUAUGAGAACUACAAAUUAAAAUUUUCAAUAAUAUACCAAAUUUCUAUAGGCUUGUAUGCAGACUUUGACAAAACCAUGAAAUUAAGUAUCCUCAAAAAUGCAUGUUUAAUCCACAAAAAUAAAUUAAUCCACGGUAGAUUUUUUUAAUAUUACCAAUACAAUGAGAACAAUUUAUCUGUUAACCAAUUUUCAAGCAAUUGAUCAGAUCAAUUCAGAUUGUUAAUGAAGUAUAAAGAAAUCGAAAUUAUGAAUGCACAAGAGAAACAGCUUCAUUCAGGUGACUUUUAACUUGGAUUUAUCAAUGUUUUUCAAAACAGGGUCAGUAUUAAAUAAAAGCCUUUUGUAACAAUUGAAGUAACUUGGUCAACAUAUUUAUGAUGUCUGCUGUAAUGCAAAAGUCAUCUCUAUAAAAGCAAUGUUGAAAUUUCAUAUCUGAAAAUGAAUAAAACUUGUUUGGAAGUUUCAUAUUUUUUUAUCAUUUUUCUUCUCUUCAUAUAUUUCUAUUUUCUGAUGUUUUUUAUACUGAAAUUGGAAAUGCAUUUUUGACAAUAUUUUGUUGCUUUAUAUGAGUGCAUUUUUAUUUUAUAACAUAACUGGUGAGCAUGUUUUGUAAGCAAUGACUGUGAUAUUUUUGUUUCUUGUUUUCAUUUUUUGUGCCUAUUAUACAACUUCCGUCCAAUUAAAAACAAUUUGUAUUUAUGGAUUCCAAUUUUUGUACUGCAUAGAAAAAUACUUUAAGGUAAAACUUUGAACUAUAAAGUUUUGAAACCUUAUACUUAGUGCCAGUCUUUGAAAGAAUCAGGCAAUUUAAAAAAAAAUCAAAACAUGGCCGGCAAAAACCACCGACCUAACCAUCCUAUUUUGAAGUUACCCUCAUCCUGAGUUAGAAAUGGUAGGUCUUUCAUUUUCGAGUCUGGUUAUUCGAGAAAUCUCAAGAUAACUUUUGGUUAGAAUGAUAGCAAAUUACGGAGUUAGAUCCCCUUAAUGGUUAAUUUCUAGUGCAUUUCAACCAAAUUAUAUCUUGAAUUACCAGAACAGGAAAAGGAAACGAAUGUUAUAUUCGUGCAUCAUUAUACAUGUUGAACAUAAAUUAAUGUCAACUUGAGUGAGUUUUUGUUUGUCAUGUUUUCAUCACUGCCUGAUUCUUAGACAGAUUGGCACUUAAAUGUAUAAGAUUUAUUUUGCUAAAUAUUGAAAAUCUUUGGCUUGAUUAACCAUUAAAUAUACAAAAUUUGGUCACAAUUUGAUUUCUAGGUGUUUUAAUGUUACGAUCCUAUCAUAUAUUUACAUCCUAAAAUAUUAAGGCCUUACAUAUGUUUGUAUACCAAAAAUAAAAGUUAUUUUACUAUAACAUCGAUGUAAAAUAUGUCCUUCCUUAACACUUCUAAAAUUUUUAUCUUUGUCUAAAAACUUAGAAAUACAGAAAUAUGAUUUACAAAACUAAAUUUGUUUUCCUUUAUUUUAUUUUAAUCAAGAUCCUAAAACUGUGUGUGAAAACCAUGGUUACAGGUAUAGCAUAAUUUAACAAAUCUGUCUGAACAAUUCUAACAUGCUUUAUGUCAAACACAAUAAUAUAUUUUAAAAAAUCAUAUUUUUAUGAUUUAUGUCUAUAAAUUUAAAAAUAUGUACAUGUAUGUGAUGUUAUACUUUUGUUGAAAUACAGAUAAUCUAUAUA